AUGACUUCUGAGCUCACUAUCUCGCAUCACAUCAAAAACAUUUGUGAAGGAACCUUAAACGGAGCUUCCACACCGUCGUUGGACUGUAAUGGACUGACUGACAGAAUCUUCAUAAAGGAAAAUCAUUGGCAAGUUAUUAAGAUGAGGAAUGUAGCUCAAGAAGAGGUCCAUUUGGAAAUGGCUCGUUGUCAUAGAUUUUCGAGCGCCUAUUCGGUGGACAUGUGGCGCGAAGUGCGACGUCACUGGAUGGUGCUAGGGGUGCUGAGCGCUGUGACAGUGGCAGUUUUGGCGCCGCAACUAGGGGCUCGUGGAGGCAACUACACUGCAUGUUCAGUAUAUAUAUCAUUCUAG